AUGGGCAGUGGAAAAACGUGGAAGCAUUUUAUAUGUUUUGGUGCACCUCGACGUGCCAAACGGUUGGCAAUAGGUGCUGCCGUUGUCAUAGUUAUACUCAUUUCUGCACAGGUGGUUGAUAUGUUUAGAAGUAACAGACAAAUGGCUUCUUUGGAUGAACCUGCUGAGCGAUCAAGCCACUUUUGGCCUGUUUAUGGUAGCGAUGCAGAUCUCGACAACACCAAAGAACAAGAGAUGAUAGAGCACGAAGAGAUUAAGAAUCACCUCUAUGAAGUCAAACAAGGCUCUGAAGUUGGUGAUGGUGUAGAAGACCCGGACACCGACCAACCCAACGAAAACGGCGACGAUGGUAAUAGUGAUAAUAGUGACGAUAACGAUAAUAGUGAUAAUAACGACGACAAUUCAGGCGGAGAUAGUGAUGGAAUCCUGAUAAAGUACAAACUUGGUUUGGAACACAAGGCUCCAGAAGAAGCAGAGCAUAACGCUGCGUUGGACAAGUUCUUGCAGAAGGUCUUGACGGUGUUGAUUACCAGCAAGCCCAAGACGGGAUUUGAGUUGAUGAAGCGUUCGAAGAAGCAAAAAUCGGAUACUUCUUUUAAUCUCUAUCCUCGGCAAUAUGGUAAGAAUGGUGUGGUGAACAUUGCUGCUCAUGACAACAGGCCUGGGGUCCCUGUACUCUCCGAGGAUUUCUUGGGUCAAUGCCUAACGAUGUCAUCGCAGGUGUUUCAAGACUUGCAGACAUCACAUUUUUACGUGACUAAAUGGCUUCCUGACAAAUAUCCAGAGAAUGUUUAUAAAGGAGACGGUGUUGUAAUGGUUGGAGGAGGCCGUUAUUCAUGGUUCGUUCUAUUGGCAGUAGAGAAUCUUCGAAGUACCGGUUCUAAGCUACCUGUGGAAGUGCUUAUUCCUUCCGAAGACGAGUACGAAAGCUAUCUCUGCGAUAAAUUAUUACCCAAAUUAGAUGCCAAAUGUGUGGUACUUACGCAAAGACUUCCAUUUUUGAAGAAGUUUUCAUCUAUCAUCGGCGGUUAUCAAUACAAAUCGCUUGCUUUACUUUCAUCGUCGUUCGAAAGAGUGCUACUUCUUGAUGCAGACAAUCUUGCUGUGGAAAAUCCCGAUUCUUUGUUUGAUUCAGAGCCAUUUGACUCAUACGGUAUGAUUCUUUGGCCUGAUUAUUGGAAGCGUGUAACACACCCAGACUUUUAUAAAUUGGCUGGAUUUAAAAUUGGCGAUAAACGGGUGCGGAACGGUCCUGAUGACCUUAGCCCUCCUGAAUUGUACGUAUCCGGAUUUGAAAACCCUAAAACGGAUCUUCCUCUACAUGAUCGUGAGGGUACAAUGCCCGAUUUGACAACGGAAUCCGGCCAGAUUAUGGUGAAUAAACGGAACCAUAUGAGAUCUUUGCUACUAUCUCUUUAUUACAACCUUUAUGGACCUCAUCAGUUCUAUCCGCUAUUUUCACAGGGUACCAACGGUGAGGGAGACAAAGAAACGUUCCUUGCUGCAGCCACAUACUACGGCGAAUCUGUGUACAGAGUUAACAAGAUCUGUGAUUCGCUAGGAUAUUGGAUGGAUGAUCCACAUAAGUUUGUUGGCGUUGGUAUGAUUCAGCAUGAUCCUGUGGUGGACUACAAAAACAGCAAGGACUACAGGAAGUACGUGGAACAGAAACUUAGUGAGUUUAAAGAUGAAAACCCAAACUGGAAAAAACUCACGCCUCAACUAUGGAAAUCGAUAAACGAGGAUUCUGAGAAUAAUUUCAACAGCUACAUGGAUCGCAACCAACGGCCCCGCUUUUACCAUUGCAACUUCCCGAAGUUGGAUCCUGUGGAUAUGCAUAAAUACAAUAAGCUAGUGGAUGAUAACGGCAAAGAGGAGCGUCUCUAUACGUCGAACGAGUUGGACUUCGAUUUCGAGAAGAAGCAGUGGGUUAUCAUGAGGAAAUACUUUUGCGAUGGCGACUUGGAGCUAAAGUAUUUCACGGAUGCUGGCGUUAGGACCACAGACUAUUGCCAAUUUAUCGAUGACAGAAUUACUUUCCUAGAAGCCAAUUAA